AUGGACAACACCUUCGACAGCCUGGACGCUGCAGGUUUCUUACAGAUCUGGCAACAUUUCGACGUAAACGAUAACGGUUACAUCGAAGGGAAGGAGCUGGACGCCUUCUUCCAACACAUGCUGGAAAAAUUUGGGAAGAAGAAGGAGGAGAUAACAGAGGACAAAAUCAGAAGACUGAGAGAAAGAUUCAUGUCUGCUUACGACACGGCAGCUGACCAACGUCUGCAGAUACAAGAGCUGGCCAUCUUGAUGCUGCCAGAGGAGGAGAACUUCCUGCUUCUGUUUCGCAGAGAGACGCCUCUGGACAACAGCGUGGAGUUCAUGAGGAUCUGGAGAAACUAUGACGCGGACAGCAGCGGCUACAUCUCAGCGAUUGAGCUCAAGGGCUUCCUGCAGGACCUCUUCCUCCAACACAGGAAGUCCAUCACCCCUGACAAACUGGAGCAGUACACCGACACCAUGAUGAAGAUGUUUGACAAGAACAAGGACGGCAGACUGGACUUAAAUGACCUGGCCAGAAUCUUGUCCCUGAAAGAAAACUUCCUACUGAAGUUCAAAAUGGACGGUGGCAGUCAGGAGGACAGGAAGAGAGACUUUGAGAAGAUAUUUGCUCACUACGAUGUCAGUAAGACGGGUGCGUUGGAGGGCCCUGAGGUGGAUGGAUUUGUAAAGGACAUGAUGGAGCUGGUGAAGCCCAGCAUCACCGGCACAGACCUGGACCAGUUCAGGAAAGCCCUGAUGGGUCACUGCGACAUCAACGGAGACGGAAAGAUCCAGAAGAACGAGCUGGCUCUCUGCCUCGGCCUCAGACUCAGCUAA